UACGAUAGCAUUUUUUUCUUGUCCACCUCCAGUUACGAAUUAGGAUUGAUGCAGCAGACGACAUGUUAUUUUUGUCUGGUUUGAAAAGCUGAUUGUCAAGAAUGGAACCCGCAGGUUUUGUUUGCAUGCAUGCAUUCGCAAAAACAAUUUUGAAUAUCGAUCCCUACUUAAAUCGUGGAGGUGGGUUAUUAAAUUGUAAAACAUUUACAUGUGGAAGAGCGUUAAACCAAAAUGCAUACGUUAAACCAAAAGCAUAUAUAGGAUGGAAGGCAUCACCAAUGGAAAUCAAUUAGCUGUUCAAGUUAACUAUCCAGUUCUAAACUUCUAAUUGGUUUUCUCAAAUCUGCCACUAUAACUUUUGUGGAUAUCUACGUCUAUCUUAUUAUAUCAAGAAAAGAUGCAGAGAAAUUAAUGCCUAUAUCUUCUGGCAGUCGGUUUGAUAUGCUGCUAAAUUAUUGGCGCAAGUAGAUCCUUGAACCAACAUUAAUAAUCCUCCUCGAAGACCCAAAUGCUACGAGACAAAGGAAGAAAGGUUUGCGCAGGGAAGUGUUUGAUAUCGUGACUUAAAAAUUUAACUUUCCAUGAAACUCUUGACCAAACCUAAAAAACAAAACUUCAUGAGUGUUAAACUCGUGAAAGUUAAACUCUCCAAGAUGAAUAUAUCAUAGAUUUCAAAAGCGGUAUCAGUUUGAAAUUCAGUGAGUACAUUUUACCCAGAUUUUAAUAGUGCAUUGAACUCCAUCGUUUCACAAAAUAAUCAAAGAUACAUGAACAUAUUGAUGGGAUAUGGACUGUAUUAUAAUAAAUACUCUCUCAUCCUUCUCAAAUUAUUUUCUGUACCCAAAGAUGCGAACGUAGUGCGCAUUAGACUUUGGCAAUGGUGGUUUGCUUAUUAAUAAUUGUUUUAUAAACAAAUAUUUCCAUGAUCUCAUUUAUUGCCCAUUUUUAUAAUUUCCAUUAGCGUUGACAAAACAGCAUAUAGGUUAUAGUUUUAUCAUCCUUUGAAAUAAACCCUACCCCAAUGAUGGUUAUAUUCCAAGUACCAAAUUUCGAAGAUGCAUUAAUUAAUCAAUUCCAGCGCAUAAAUUCGAUCGAGAUAAUUAAAUACUCAUAUACUCUAAUAACAAAAGAAUCUACUGGUCGAAUUUAAAUCGUUCUUGUUACUUUUAUCCAAAGAAUUGGAUAGAUGUGUGAUUCUUAUAGCUUCAUGUGAAGCCUAGCAGUAUGCGCAUAAACAAAUAGUCAUUGCUUGUGAAUCUCAUUUAAUUCGAUUCGAUGCACUGACUUCGAAUGGGACGGACUAUAUAGUUUUAUAUAAGUUGAUCAACUAUAUAGUAUUACUGAACAUUUCUAAAAUUAAAUAUGACAAAGACUUAGGGAAUGACAUGUCAAAUUUGUCUCCAAAAAUAUGAAAUGAAGUAUGCUUCUAAACGAUGGAACGUGGCGUUACCUUUAACACUCAUUUAUAUUGGUUUCCAAACUAUCUCUAUGUACACAACUAUUUAUAUACAGAUGAAACCAACAAUCACAAAAUGCCAACUAAAAUGUUAAAAUGGUAACUUGUGAACAUAUUGUUUUGGUUGAUACUAGGAAUGUAUUCAAACCUUGUAGCAGUAAAAGGGUAAACUCAGACAUAUCAAUGUCAUUAUCAGGUGUUUAAAAAAAAUUAUAGUACAUUAGAUUUAUCAAUCAAUCUCACAUGAAUCUAAUAAUACAUAUACAUACGAACAUAUAAAUCAACACAGAUAAACUAUAUACAAACGAACAAAUUGUUUACACCUUUUCCCCACGUAAGCGGUACAAAUCGCGUUCUCUCACCUUGGCUCUUCUCAUUUGAUAAUAAUAUAUAUGUAUGGUUAGCACUAGGCGUUCCAUUAACCACCCAAUAUGUUUGACCCAAAGUUUAGAACAUAACAGUUCAAACGCACACUGUUGGAUUCAAGUUCUAGAAAAACAUAUUAACUUUGUAUUCGCUCUGGGAUGAACCUAGUGCUAAUAAGUGCGUAUAAAUCAUAUAAAUGAAUUUUCAUAAAUGCAUAUACGAUCAACAGAAUGAGUGUUUUUAUUUGGUAGACCUUCGACAACCCACCGAAUUGAUGGUAUCCAUGUAUUUCUUAUCAGCUAUCAAUCAUGGGAGGUCGUGAUCUAUUUAUUUAUGGACAAAAUAGUAUCAGCAUUAUUAUUGUUCAAUUUUUCUUUUUCGUUUUGGAAGGUUUGAUUAUCAACUUUGUCCGGAUAGUAACCAAAGUGUGUAUACUUGUGAUGUGUAGCGCAUUAAAAGAUCUCAUUCAAUUUUAUAAAACCUAGUUAAGUUAUUUACGAAGUAAUAUUUUCGUUUUCUAAUGGAUAGUCAAUAAUUCCAUGGCGUGCACGCAUGAAGUCAUGUGAUGUUCAUACAAGGGUAGCAACUUAACCUACCAAGCAAUUUACAAAUCCUUACUUAGUAUUUUAAUUUAGCCAUAACUAGUUAGUUUUAAUCCGUAUUGUUUCCUUCAUUCAUUCAUGUGGCUCAUCUGCAAAAUUCCAAAAUACUCAAAGCCACAAACUUUAAUAAUGUAUGCUUUGGAGUUUAUACCACUGAUCUAGUAAUAUGGAGUUAGUUUAGGCACUGAUCAUCAGCCAGUAGAUCUAAUGGGUAUUCGAAAAGAUUUUAAAAGGGAUAGUUAGAACUUAGAACUAUCCCAGUCAAAGGAAACCACCAUUUUUGCCAUAGCAAGAAUUCAAAAGUUUGCUGGACCAGUCUAAUCUUUAUGUCAUAUCAUUAGCUCUUGUCGUCACCAUAUAAUUUAUUAUUAUUUGGAGCAUUCGAAAUGUGGACAAAUUUAAAUUAUUUUGUUUGUAAUAAUAAAUGCACUUCUACCUUUCUCCUUCAAACAUACAAAAUUUUCACAUAUAGUCCAAAACCAAAAACGUUAAUUAAGUUAAUCUGUUCAGUCCGUAUAUAGAUGCUAUAUAAUAUAGUUAAAGUUAGAUAAGCUAAACUCAAAUGGAAGUAAAACAGUAGAAGUGAAUGUGGAAAGAUACUUGACUUUGAUAGAGGGUACAGACACAGUCAGAAAAAUAAAUGCCUCUAGACCUACAGAACUCUGGUCAUCUGCUAAUUACGACGCAGUUCUGAAAAAUCUCUCUGCAAUCUUCAUUUUUAUUUAUAUAUUCUUUUGUAAUUUUUAGAACAUGCUUCACCGUUUGUUGCUCAGAUUCUAUUUCUAACAUCACGUGCCACAUGAACAAUGUUUGACUUCUCUUUUUUCGGCAAAACAAAAUAUCAGAACAACUAGACAAAGUCGAGAAAGUAAGGUUUAGUUUCUUCUACACUGAACCACAUUGGAAGGUAAAUAUGAAUCCAAAUACGCCAGGUUAUAAUUGUUUAGUGUUGAGAUAUAAUAAUCAAUUCAUCAAGUUAAAUUUGGUUAUCAAAAAAAUAAGUGAAAAUUUUACAAGCAAAUGGAACAAAGAUUUACAUGCAUGCAAUUUUUUUUUCCAUGCAAAUGGAACAAAGAUCGCCGGGUCUUUAGUCAAAUGAAAAUCCCAUAUGCAUAUGGUCGGUUCCAUCGUUGACCUUUUUUUAUUUUAUCGUCCAUCCCAAUGAAAACCAUUUGAAAGAUCAAACCCAAAUAUAAAAGUAUGUAAUAUGACCUUCAUAAACAAAGAUUAUAGUUUAAAAAAUAGGAAGGGGACGUAACAAAUCAGUGAUUAUUUUUCUUCGAGGCAAGAAACUAUGAAAGAUUUACAUGCAAAAUGCAAACAAAAGCCAUUUCAGACGCAUGAAGUCAUAAUUUUCACCUUUUAAUAUUGCUUACAAUAAAAAAUAAUUAAAUGUUUCUAAACGUCAGUAAAGAAGAAAUAUCUUUCUCUCUCUCGUCUUUAUCUUAUUUAAUAUCUCCAUCUUCCUUAUGAUCAAUAAUGCCCAAAGCUCCCUUCAUCUUCUAUAUAAUCACUUAGAGAAAAAAAGAGUGGAAGAUAGAAAGAACUUUUUUUCUUCAUUUGUUUAGCUGAAAAUGGUGUUUGGUUGGAGAAAAGCGUUCUGCACAUCCUUUCCUAGUAAUCAAGACAAAUCUCAUCAAUCAUCAUCAGACCUUCUCCACACUGAUCCACCUAUUCCCACACCAAGACUCCGAUCAAAGUUCGGUUUUUUCUCAAACCCAUCAACUCCCCGCCUCCGAUCUCGCGGCGGAGGUGGUGGAAACGGAUGCCGCUCCGUCGCUUCAACCGCAGCCGCUACUCCAUCUCUUCCCACUAGUCCCAGACUCCAAUGCAGGACUACAAGCAAUGCUACUCCGAGGACAAGUAACCCCUCGACUCCUAAGUUUCUCUCUAACCCUUCUUCUCCCAAAUCAUCAUCUCCUUCCUCCCACGCCGGCGUCUCUCUCCUCCGUGCCACACUUCUUCUCAACCAGAGCAAUAGCAACAGAUGUGGGAUAUGUCUACAGAGAGUUCACUCCGACCAAAUCAAUUCGACGGCGAUUUUCACGGCGGAGUGUUCACAUUCGUUCCACCUCUCUUGCGCCGUUAGAUUACAAGACAAGCGCUGUCCUUUCUGUUCCACCGCGUGGAGUCACGCUCCGAGGAAAGAUCCCCCGACUGCGAAUUUCGGAUCCGACCCGAUUAGAAAACCCGGGAUCCGAGAAAUCAAAACCGGGAAGUCGCUGAGAGUGUACAACGACGACGAGCCGUUAGCUUACUCGCCCGUCUCUCUCGCUCGGUUCAACACUAUACUAGAAUCAGACGAAAACGACGACGUAGAGGAAGACGACGAGUUCCCCGGAUUCUUCCCCGAUUCUUCGAUCACGCCGGCGGCUUCGAUCUCCGGGAACCUCGAGGUUCAAUUGCUGCCGGAAUCCGCCGUGGUGGAGACCGGGAAAAGGAUCGAGACGCACGCCGUCGUCAUGAAAGUGAAGGCCUCGCCGAUGAGGGACGCCGUUAGAGCGCGGCGGCCGUCGAUCGAUCUGGUGACGGUUCUCGAUCUGAGCGGCGGCGGAGCGAAUUUGCCGACGGUUAAGCACGCGAUGAGGCUGGUGAUCUCUCUCCUCCGGGAGAUGGAUCGGCUCUCGAUCGUCGUGUUCUCGGCGGGGUCGAAACGGUUGAUGCCGUUACGGCGGAUGACGGCGAAGGGACGGGGGUCGGCGAGGAGGAUCGUGGACUCGCUCGGCGGAGUUGAAGCCACCGGCGGCGGAGGGAUGAGCGUUAGCGACGCGUUGAAGAAAGCGGUUAAAGUCGUUGAGGAUCGGCGGGAGAGGAAUCCAACGGCGAGCGUUUUGGUUUUAUCCGACGGUCAGGAUCAACCGGAGGCGGUUUUGAAAGCUAGGCUAAGCUCCACGCGCGUGCCGUUCGUCGUUUCCACCACUCGCUUGUCUCGUCCAAUGAUCCCUGUUCACUCGGUUUGGAUCGCGUCUCCAAGCGCGUUGCAGUACGCGCCUCUUCGGGACGCGUUCACGGAGCGAGUCGCUGCUUUGUUCAACGUGGUUUUGCAUGACGUGAAGCUUAAUCUAGGUUUGGUCUCCGCAUCCCCGUUGACCGAGAUCUCAGCGGUUUACUCUUUAACGGGCAGACCCGAGAGUUUCGGAUCCGGGUCGGCCGUUGUCGUCGGGGAUCUGUUCGCGGAGGAGGAGAGAGAAUAUCUCGUUGAGCUCAGAGUACCGACUUCUUCGAGCGGGUCCCACCGUGUGAUGUCCGUACGGUCUUCGGUCGUUGACCCCGCGACGCUUCAGCCGUUUCCUUGUCCGAACGAAAAACGGUUUUUGAUCCCGCGGCCACAGACCGUCCGAUUCGUCUCUGCUAGCAUCGAACGGUUGAGGAGUCGACACUCUGUCUGCCGCGCUGUAGCUGAGUCACGUAAGAUGAUUGAGCGUGGUGAUUUAGCCGGAGCCUAUGAGGUUUUAACAGCGGCUCGGUCAAACGCGUUGGAUGAGAAUGAUAGCUUAAAGAGCUUGGACGCUGAGUUAGCCGAGCUAAACCGGUUGAAACCGAGAGACGGUACAGCAAACCGAGCCGAAGAGGAGAAAACCGAGCAACUAACGCCUACUUCGGCUUGGAGAGCCGCUGAGAAAUUGGCGAAAGUGGCUAUCAUGAGGAAGCAUUUAAACCGAGUCAGCGACAUGCACGGCUUGGAAAACGCCAGAUUUUAAGUUGAUUAUUAGUUGGUAUGUAAUUAUUUUAAAUAUUAGUAACCAAUAAUUGAGUAAGAUAUCAUAAAUAAAAUUAUAGAAGCAUGAUUUUUAGAAAGGGACCCUAUAGGUGCAUGACAGCGACAAGCAGUAGCCGACGGGUGUGGCCUUUUUUGUAAUGCAGAGAUUGGUACAUUGAGAGAAUUAAUUGGUCUUGUAGCUUUUAUCAUCUCCCUUUUUGUAAUUUUCAGAAAAUCCAAAUUUGUGACAGAAAAAGUUGGAAGAAAAUAAAUGAAGUUUGAAUUU